AUGUCAUCAGAAGUUACACCAAAAAUACCCGAGAGGCCUUCAAGGGGGAAGACAUCUGAGCUGUUUCCGCCACAUACCUCUGAAACAGGAGAUACAAAAGCUAACAGUGAGCCACCAACACCAGCAGAAAAGCCCAACAUACCAACACGGAGGCCCAUGCUUAAAGCAAAGACGAUGACUUCUUUUGAGAGUAGUACGGUUCCAGAAAGUUUGCCCCAGGUACCAUUACAAAGGCCAAUUAGACGCUCCACUACUGAAGAACUAAAUAACGUAAUGAACAACACCAGUAAGGAGUUGGAGGAGAUUGAAAGCUUGAUUUCAAAGCACAAUGCACACACUGUUUGUAGAAAAAAGAGUCCAACCGCUGUCCGAGAAGGAGAAGUGGCUGCUAUUCAUCAAAACGACCAGGGAAGCGCAUUAGGCGACAAAAGUUCUUCUACCCCAGAAUCAUCCCGAUCCGAAACAAAUGAGCAUAAGAAUGACGGGGGCAAUGAGUCUGCUGUCCCACUUUCGGAUUUAGUUAACUCGUCUAAUUAUGAAACGACAGAGCGUAGUGACCCCGAAGACCGCACUGGAGAGCAGAAGGUACAUGCUGCUCUAGACGAUGAGGCAGGGGAUAGAAGCGAUUUUGGGGAAAAGUUCAUUUCUGGAGAUAUGACACUACCGGUGGAUGUUAGUAAGGACGUAGAAGAAGAUAGCUUUAUCGCUCAGCUUUCACCUGGAAUCGUCGAAUCAGAUGAUAAAGCUGGAAAGCUCACUAGACUUCCUGAAUCAAGUUUCGAGGAGUUGCAGAAGCAUCAGGAACAACAGGAAGAGAAACUUUUCCAAAAUCCAAUCGAUGAAGAAAGUACUACAUCUUUAAAUGAGAAACAAGAAAACAAGGACAACUCGAAAGUAAACCCUCAGCCGGAUAGGCCUCCCACUUCUGGCACGAUUACGCCAGCAACUAAUACAAACAUUCCUUCACAACCAAAAAGUGAACAGGAAAAUGACGUUCCAUUGAUCCCACAGAGUAGGCCAAAGAAGGAUCUUGAAGCAAGCGUACAAAAAGAGGAGUUACCUAACGUAGAAAAGAAGCUUAUAUCCGAAGAGCAUGAUUCAAGCCAAGGUAGUACUGGGGAGAAAAGUAAAAUCCCAAAAGUUCCAUCUGAAAGACCAAAGAGGCGCGCCCCACCUCCGGUCCCCAAGAAACCUUCUUCAAGAAUUGCGGCCUUUCAAGAAAUGUUACAAAAGCAACAACAACAAGACCUGCAUAAUAACGCAGCUUCUCCAGCUACUACCGCUUCAACAGAUAUUGGUAAGAAGCACACUGACUCUUCUACUGCCAGCAGUUCCACAAAGGCUGAUUUCACGAACAAAUUGAAUGGGCUGUUUGCGCUACCUGGUAUGGUAAACCCUAGACAACUUCCACCUUCCUUGGACAAGAAGUUGUGCUCCCCUGAUACUGAACCUAAAGUAGGAAAACAGGAGCAACCACAGGCAAAAAACGGACCUCUAGGUAACACUAGAAGGGCGAGAGGACCUCGUGGGCGUAAAUUACCCUCUAAAGUAGCUAGUGUGGAGAAGGUUGAAGAAGAUGAUAACACUAAUAAAAUAGAAAUAUUUAACAAUUGGAAUGUUUACUCUUUCUCCUCUAAGCAAAAAAUUUCAACAGAUACUACUCCCAGUGAGCAGCUAACAAUUUUGUCAAGUGAGCAAGCAGAAAAGGCCUGGGAUGAAAAGGCAAAAAGCAUCUCCGAGGCGCAACCAGAACAGCCUCCGAAUGAGGUGGGGACUGCUCUCUGUCCAACUGGGUUGGAGGAAAAGAAAGAGUCCACUGCUAGUACUGAAUCGGUAUCCGUUUCUCCGUUGUCACAGACAGCCGCUGUAGAUAACAGGAAAGCUGUGAGUGAAGAAUCUCUGUCCCCAUCAGAGGCCAUCGCCAACAGAGAUCAAGACGAUACAACAGAGAUACAGGAACAGCAAAUGGAGCACCAAAUGGAGGCAGAUAUGAAAAGGGAACUCUCAGGCGACUACGAAGACAUUGAUUCUGCUUUACAUUCAGAAGAAGCGUCUUUUCACUCACUUUAG